CUCCUUCCUGCCAGUAGUCAAUAAAACGAGACUCCCUCAAUCUCUCUCUCUCUCUCUCUCUUCUCUCUCACCCAUUCCUUCUGCCUUGUCGUCCUCUUCCUGCUCGCUUCUCUUCACCAAUUUCAUAGCGCAGGGGAGAAGGGAACGAACCCGAAGGAGAAAUUGGACGCAACGAGGGCGAAGAUGGGAGGCUGCUUUCGCUGCGCCGGAGAGCCCAAGACGGAUGACGAGGACCCGCCCAGGCCUUCUUCAGGAGAUAAGUCCAGGUCCAGUUCAUCUUUGAAUGCCAAGCAAGGAGCCUCUGUGAAUGAACAACAAGAGAUGUUAAGUGGUGGAUCUGACCGUAUUUCUGCUCAGACAUUCACAUUCCCGGAACUGGCUGCAGCAACAAAGAAUUUUAGGGCUGAUUGCCUUUUGGGCGAGGGAGGUUUCGGUCGAGUUUAUAAGGGCAGGUUUGAAAGUAACCACCAGGUUGUGGCAAUAAAGCAACUUGAUCGUAAUGGAUUGCAAGGAAACAGGGAAUUUCUCGUUGAGGUUCUUAUGUUGAACUUGCUCGAUCACCCCAACCUGGUUAAUCUGAUUGGCUAUUGUGCUGAUGGAGAUCAAAGGCUUUUGGUCUAUGAGUAUAUGCCUUUGGGAUCCCUGGAAGAUCAUCUUCAUGCAGACCUUUCGCCAGAUAAGAAGCGGCUUGAUUGGAAUACACGAAUGAAAAUAGCAGCUGGUGCAGCAAAAGGAUUAGAGUAUUUGCAUGAUAAAGCCAAUCCUCCUGUUAUAUACCGGGAUUUAAAAUGCUCUAACAUUUUGCUUGAUGAGGGUUAUCAUCCUAAGCUAUCUGAUUUUGGCUUGGCAAAACUUGGCCCUGUUGGCGAUAACACUCAUGUAUCGACAAGGGUGAUGGGUACGUAUGGAUAUUGUGCACCUGAAUAUGCAAUGACAGGGCAGCUGACACUAAAAUCAGACAUGUAUAGCUUCGGAGUUGUCCUUCUAGAGCUUAUUACCGGAAGAAGGGCCAUUGACAAUUCUAGAGCUGCAGGAGAGCACAAUCUCGUCGCAUGGGCGAGACCAUUGUUCAAAGACCGGAGAAAAUUCGCACAGGUGGCUGAUCCAGUUCUUCAGGGCCAGUAUCCUCAAAGGGGUUUAUACCAGGCACUCGCAGUCGCUGCAAUGUGUGUACAGGAGCAACCUGCAAUGCGGCCCCUCAUAGCUGAUGUUGUAACUGCUCUUAGCUACCUUGCUUCUCAAACAUACAGCCCCGAAAGCCAACCGGCCCAGAAUACAUCUCGUGUGUCUGCUCCGGCCACACCUCCUCGAGUAAGAAGGGAAAGUGAGAAGAGGCUAGCACGUUGAGUAGCAGCCAUGCAGCUCCCAUCCUUUAAAUGGUGAGUUGUCAACCAGGGAAAGUGCCAUCUUUUGAUCGAGGAAACUCGUCCCUCUGUUUGUAAUUUCCCCGGUGUCCGGUGUCUCUUUUGUUUCAUAUUUGAUGCCGAGUUGGUCUCUCGCGCUUGGUAAAAAAAAAAAAAGUUUGGUUGAGCAGUAAAUUCUUUUGUUUAUUGUAUAUAUGAAUUUGGAUCCUCAUAGAAAAGAGCAUGUAAUGGACAAGAAAUCUCUUAGCUUAGCAAUACUUCCUUUUAUUUCAGAAUUUA